AUGGAGCCUCGCGCGCGAGCCGGCAAAAAUGUCGGCAAGAUGAAUUUCUCGCACAUCGAGCUGGCGCAGCUGCUCUACGCGCACGGCGACGUCAAGAACCCGCUCCCGGAGACGAUCCGGGUGCUGGACGAGAUCCUGACCGACUUCAUGCAGUCCAUCGCCUUCGAGGCGACGCGGGCGGCGCACUACUCGGGCCGGCAGAAGAUCAAGUACGAGGACUUUGAGUUUGCGUUCCGCAAGAACCCGGCCUUCCUGGGCAAGGUGCAGGAGGUGUUUGAGAAGCAGCGCGAGAUCAAGAAGGCGCGCGAGAUUCUGCGCGACAACGACGACGACAUCAUGAAGGAGGCGGCCGAGGAGGAGAAGAGGCGCGAGAAGGACGGCGGCGGCGGCGGCGGCGGCGGUGACAAGGCGGGGGGCGGCGCGGGUGGUGGAGCUGGUGGGAGGGCAACGGCGGUGACGGCGGCGGCGGCGGCGGCUGCGCGUGCGGAGGAGGAGUUGGGCGAGGCGGAUGAUGAUGCGGAGGCGGAGGCGGAUGCGUUGGGGAAGAAGCGAUGA